AUGGCGGGUGUUUCUGAGGCCGCGGCGGGGACACCCAUGCCUAACGGGGCUGACAACAUGUCGCGCUACAACUACGCCAACAGCCCCGUCAUCCACCAGGGCGCGGCCUCGAUCCGCUCCUCGGCCUCCUACUCCACAACCUACUCGGGCGAGAGCAGCCCGCGCAGCUACCGCUCCUACUCUCCCGCCGAGACGAUCCGCGAGCAGCAGUACGCGGGCGCCACGAACGGCAGCGGCGUCGUCGUCCACAACGGCUACAGCGGCCACCAUGACCAGCGCUACGACCCCACGCCCAAGUACAGCAACCCGAACCUGGCGAAGCGCAAGAGCUAG